AUGGAUCCAGACCGCACAAGCAACGUGGAGUGCAAUCCAGCCGCCCACGACGCGAUAUCUCUAAAGGGGUCCGUCAGAGCGCCAGACCGCUCAACCACUUCAGGGGCUUCAUUCGUGCACGAUGAAGGAGGCUACAAGGUGUAUAAACGACGAUUCUUCGGUCUGGCACAGCUAGUUCUCCUGAAUAUCGUCGUGAGCUGGGACUGGCUUACUUUCUCUGCGGUCUCGAAAACGUCGUCCCAGUAUUUCAGGGUCUCCGAGGGAGCAAUCAAUUGGCUGAGCACGGGUUUUCUCUUCGCCUUUGCUGUUGCGAGUCCUGCCGUGAUCUGGACCCUGAAUAAAGGAGGACCGAAGCCUUCCAUCGUCGCAUGCGCAGCGUUGCUCCUCAUCGGGAAUUGGAUCCGUUACGCCGGUACAAAGGCGCAGGAUGGGAUCUUCGGGGUGGUUAUGCUGGGCCAGAUCAUUGUGGGAUUCGCGCAACCGUUCGUCUUGACUGCUCCCACCAGAUAUAGCGAUGCAUGGUUUAGCGAUCGUGGGCGAACCAGUGCGACGGCGGUUGCGACGUUGGCGAACCCCCUCGGGGGCGCAUUGGGACAGUUGAUCGGUCCAAUGUGGGCGACCAAACCCAGCGAGGUUCCGAAUAUGGUCCUCUACGUUUCAAUAAUAUUACUAUGUACUAAGGAAUCGCGCCAGUCAACUGUCGCAUGCGUUCCGUCGUUCUUCAUCCCAUCCCUCCCUCCCACACCACCAAGCGCCGCCUUCAACGUCACCCGUAUCCCUCUCACCCAAAGCCUCGUCAAGGUCUUCCGCACUCCCGAGUUCUGGCUCAUCUUCUUCCCCUUUGGCAUAUACGUGGGCCUCUUCAACAGCAUCUCUUCCCUCCUCAACCAGAUCCUCGAACCCCACAAUUUCUCUGAAACCGACGCCGGCAUCACCGGCGCGCUCCUUAUCUUCGUCGGCCUCGCCGCAGCCGCAAUAUGCUCCCCCAUCACCGACAAGCACAAACACCACCUCGGCACCGUCAAGUUCCUCAUGCCCAUCGUCGCAGCAACAUAUAUCGGCUUCAUCUUCGCGCCCGAAUCUCCCAGCGUUGCCGCGCCGUUCGUGGUCGCCGCGCUCCUGGGCGCGUCUAGCUUCGCGAUACUCCCCGUGAUCCUCGAAUACCUCGUCGAAAUCACCUACCCAAUCUCCCCCGAAAUCCCCAGCACGCUAUGCUGGGUAGGCGGCCAGAUAUUCGGCGCGGCGUUUAUCCUGGUGGAAAAUGCACUCAAGGCGGGACCGGACGCAGAUCCGCCGAGGAAUAUGAAGCGUGCGCUUAUUUUUCAGGCGGUUAUGGCUGCUGUAGUGGUUCCUGCACCGUUGUGUCUGGGACUAUUUGGGAGGGAGGUGAGGAAGCGGAGAUUGGAGGCUGAGCUGCUGGAUAGAGGCCGGCUUGAUGAUGAAGAGAAUGUGACCACUACGGCCGCUGUGGAGGAUGGGAGUCGAAGUAAAGCGUUUGGGGUGUUCCCCAAAUGGCUGAAGUGA